CAAAUUUGCAUUAUUUACUUUCAAAGAACUGUAUUUUGGAGGAAUUUAUUGUUGUUUUUCGCUGUUUAAACUUCUAAAAUAUUGUCUUUUCUUCACAAAUCAUGGGUAUACCUCAUCUAGUCUUGAUCCAUGGCUGGAUUCCUUUCGCUGUUGUUAUUUUUGUAAGUAGUUUGAAUGGAAAUUAGGAAAUAUAUGGAGAUGUUAUUGAGAUAUUGACUAUAAAGGCAUGCACUCAGCUAUACGACCUAUACGGUACUUGUUUUUGCACGAAUCAUUGAUUUCUAUACAACAUGUUUUCUUUACUGGAAUAUAAUACAGCAAGGCGUAUAGACGAGGUAAUUGACCUCAAAAAUUGAUUGUUAAUUUUUAGACAGAAAUAGAUUUAAUUUUUUUAUUAAUCUUCCUCGCUGAAGUCUAUUGUUUGCCAUUCACAUGAUUAACCCAUUAUGUCGAUUAAAACCACAUGCGAGGCUUUCAAGGGUGGUUAAUUUUACUUGCAAUGUUGAUACUGUGACCAUCGACACUCGCUGUUGUUGAUUCUAUGACCAUUGGUGAAUCCAAAACUGCCCAUCUUAAUUUAUCCACCCGACACUUUGUGAUAAAAAAACAAACGAGUUUUUGACAACAGUCAUAGAACUUUUACCUCGGUCUCAGGUCCUCUACACAUUUGAAAUUCUCGCAGAAUCUCGCCAGGCUGCAAUGCUCACCAAUAAUCGUAGAAUAGAAAUCAGCCUUUAGUAAGGUGUAAAAAAAAAUACCUGUGGUUCCGGUUCCCGACCGACCCUAUUUUUUUCUGCCGACCCUAUUAUUUUUUUCAACGCGAUUGACCGUGCAACCCUAUUUUCUCCAGGUGGUUACGGGCUGCUCAUACAGCGUGCCAAAAUGGCGUCUGUUGUCACACUAAUUAUUGAACCAAAUUGCCUAAAUUUGUCCAAAGGAAAUACGCAUCUCUAGUUAAUAUUGAUGUCGGGACUCUACUGCAAAUCGCCCAGCAAAAACUGCCAAAACCAUGAAAAAAUUAUUCAAAAAAAAAAAUUUAUUUCCGACCUACCGACCCUAAUUUUUUCAUGAUAUGAAACCGGAACCACAGGUAUUUUUUUUUUUACGCCUAAUGAUUACAGGGCAACCAUGUGCUAUUGAGUGUACGAGGGAGUUUAAAAUAUCAAUUUUUUCAUCUUAAGAUUAUUUUCGUAUUCUCGUGGAUCUAUGUUCGUUAUUAUCAAGACCAUCUGGAAUCAGAGAUGUCGACGACCAUCACAGCAAUCAUUGCUCUCACCAUCACCUUGAUAACCUCAGCUAUGGUACCUCUGGAUAUCUUCCUUGUGUCCUACAUGAAAACGUCUGAUGGUACUUUCAAGGUAAUGUAGUAGGGUGUUUUAUUACCAAAACUAUAGAUCCUUCCUUCCAAAACAAUGACAUGUUUUGUGUCGAAACAUUUUGGCAUGCGACUAUAUUCCUAAUGUCGUGAAAUUGACAAUUUGGAAAUGACGACAUCCGAGUCAUACUGUGCCCCAAUGCACCCUGCCCUAUUAUUUUACUCUAUCUAACACCAGACAAUUUUACUUGUCAAGGGGAGAGCACCAGCGCUCAAUGAGCUAAUCAAUCAAUUUGUUUUUUGUUAACAACAGAGCUGGGCGGCCAAUUUAACAGACAGAAGUUCAUUUGAAGAUAAUAUAAGCUAUACCUAUUACGGUUCGUAAAAUGAUACAUCUUCAUUAGAAUAAAAUGAAAUUAGUAUAUGUUCUAUAAAAUUAAGCUAUAACGCGAGAUGCAAUAUUUGGAAAAUUGUUUAUUUUUUAGGUCUUUAUGCAGUGGUCAUUUUGUUUCUUUUCCUUAUCUUGCCGUUCAUGUAUUUUUACUUUGAAGAACAAGAUGAUGAAGUCACUUGCAAAAUGGUAAGUAUCACAAUGGUUUAUCAUGUAAUACUUGAGAAACUGUCGAUUAUUUAUUAUUGUAAAAACUGCAAACAUUUUGACAUGCCAGUUACAAUCCCCCUUAAUCUGACUGCAUUUUUGAAACAUAUAAUGUUUUAUUUAGAGAAUGUGUGGAGCAAUGAAAUACACAAUUGUUUUCAUCAUUGCAGCUUCGAUUAUUCUUCUUGUUGGGUAUGGACAUGUUUAUUCUUUUAUACAUUCUACGAUAAUAUAGUAUAUGGUAGAUGCUUGGAUCAACCACUAAUUGACUAGUGCAAGUAAACCUCAAUUGAACUGUUGACUAACCACAGUCAGACCGCAACCAAACUGCGGACGCAUGUUAAUUUCGGGAUUACCUCCAUGUGAUAAUCUUGGUUAAGUCUAGUUUUCAUUUGGUGGUGGCUGUCUUGACCAAUGUCAAGGUCAUUAAUGCCUGGAUAUGCACAUAAAAGCAUUUAGGGGUUAAACAAAGCAAAGAUUUUACUCAGUUUUUUUUCUGCUUCCAGGAGUUUUGUUCCGCUUAAACAUCCUCCGAGCAAUGUGACGCAGUGGGAUGAUAAACUGAACUACCUCAAGAAUGAAAUAAAAACUUCACGUAUGUUUCAAUGUGCAAUCAUGCCUGCAUGUAUAUGAUGGCUCUGUAUAUAUAGCUCUGUCAGUUCCAAACUGUUCUCCCUGGAGGUCCAGUGAGGAUCAUCUUUAUGGCCAGUGUUGCUACAAGAAGAAACCUAAACUAACGUUACUUUACAUGUAUGAUGGAUUUGGCAGCCACUUUCCAUAGUCUGGAAGGUGUCCAUCGUAAUUGUUUUGUUUUGUUUUGUUUCAGAUGGUGAAACAGCGUUGACUUUCACCAUUGGCCUUCUCACUUUCGUUGGCAUGAUCUCCAUCAUCAGUUACACAGUAAGAAACGCAAGUUAGAACUCCCUUUACAAAUGCCAGAACUCCUUUUUCAACUGCCAGAACUCCCUUUUCAAAUGCCAGAACUUCCUUUUCAAAUGGCAAAACGCCCUUUUCAAAUGGCAAAAUGCCCUUUUCAAAAUCCCAAAACUCCCUUUUCAAAUGCCAGAACUCCCUUUUCAAAUGCCAGAACUCCCUUUUCAAAUGCCACAACUCCCUUUUCAAAUGCCACAACUCCCUUUACAAAUGCCACAACUCCCUUUACAAAUGCCACAACUCCCUUUACAAAUGCCAGAACUCCCUUUACAAAUGCCAGAACUCCCUUUUCAAAUGCCAGAACUCCCUUUUCAAGUGCUAGAACUCCCUUUUCAGAUGCCAGAACUCCCUUUUCAAGUGCCAGAACUCCCUUUACAAAUGCCAGAACUCCCUUUUCAAGUGCCAGAACUUGGUUUUCAAACACCGUAAUUCCAUUUUCAAAGUGUGUCGGCCUAACCCAUCCAGAACCAUGAUUAUCCUGUCUCAUGUUCUUAUUGAUAAAAUGUUUCUUAUCAAUGAAAUAUUUUCUAUUGAUAGCUUCUGUUUUCUUAUUGUACUCACAUCAUGCAUGUCUUGUUAUUUAGGCGUAUGGUAUGUCAGUGCUUCCUCUUGAACUUAUCAAAGGUUACAGAAGUAUAAAGGUUUGUAUGCAAGUAUAAACUAAGGUUUGUACAGAAGUAUAAAGGUUUGUAUGCAAGUUAAUGCAAGUUUACUUAAAUCUAGCGAGAAAUUGUAUGGCCCGUUUACACACGUAAAAAAUCUCACAACUUGUCAACAAGAUGUGUUCGCAACAGGCUUGUAGUAAGCUUGUCAACAAGUUGUAACAAUGCUGUUAUUUUAUCAAGUUGCUACAAGGCUGUCACUCACAACUUGUUGACAAAUUGUUGAAUUGCAGGACGAUAACAAGUUGUUGGAACAACUUUAACAAGUCUGUUGAGCUCAACGACCUUGUAGCAAGUUGUAAACAAGCCAUUGACAACUUGUCAACAAGCUUGGAACAAGCAAUGCGAACACAUCCUGUUGACAAGUUGUUGGAACAGCAUUGUUACAAGUCUGCUGCAGGUUUGUUACAACUUGUGCGUUCUUUUAAAGUUGGUAACGGCUACUAAUUUCAGAUUCGUCUUCUAGGACGAAAGAUACUCGCUAAAUGCAAAACGUGAAACGCUGCAAACACAGAUCGGCUUAUUGACGGACAAAUAUGUGGGAAAACGUCGAAUGUCAACACGUGACCGCUCAAGACUGUCCAAACUGGAAGACGAGGAGAGGUUACUGAACCGAAGACAUGGUCGAUUGAACAAUGCCGACAUGAAAUGUUGCAAGAACUGUUUUGUAUUGUUCCGACCGUUUCAGAUCGCUUUGGGCAUUUUCUUUAUCCUUCUUGCUUUGCUGAUCGUCAUAUCGCUUGUUAUUACUGUGUAGGUGCCCGCUAUUUUAGAAACUACUCUAAUUUCGACUCAUUUCGACUCAUUUCAGACAAUCCUGGACAAAACAUCUGCGACACUUCCAAUUACUUGACAAAAUGACGUAUUAUACUAUCAAAGUUUCUGUGAUCACAGCAGGAAUUUGCAAAGGUAAAUUCUAAGUUUUGAAGGAUUUCUAAGAAAUGUUUGAGGGACCUGACUCGGUGUUAAAAACUGCGUCAAACAUUUUUUACAAAUCUUUCAAAACAUAGAAUUUACCUAUGCAAAAUUCCUACUGUGCUCACAGAAACUUUGAUAGGGCCAAAAAAAAAUAUGUGGGUUUCCGGUUUCCCGACCCUACCUAGCUUUUGGACGUCGAAAUCCCGACCCUAAACUUUUUUAUUGGAUCAUGCUUGUAAGUGUUUCCACUUAGAGGAAAAAGUUUGUGGGAAAUCGAAAUUUGAGGCAAUAUUAGGGAAAUAUAUGUUUGGAUGUGGAAGCACUGACUAAACAAAAUGGCGCCCGCUUGUUCGAAAAAUUAAAAAAAAAGUUUAAAAAAAAGAAGUUAAAACCGACCUACCCUACCUAAGUUUUUAUAAGAAGAAACCGGAAACCCACAUAUUUUUUUUUUGGCCCUAGUGUAAACAAGGAUUUGAUGUUAGUUCUUGUGUUUCCUACAGGAUCGACAAAGCGAUGCAUUCUCUCGGCUAUAAAUACGGGUAUUCGCUACCAGAUCCGAGAUUUGUCAACCCAGUAAACAAAGUCAUGUUGUAUGCGCAAGAGGUAAUCAUGCUUUCUUAAUGGAAGGCUUUCUACGGGCACCUUUGGCAGCCACCUUAUCACUCAUGUCUCAUCAAGGAGCACACCUACGGUGGAAGGAUCAGUUAGGGGGGCUAAUCCCAACCCACCCUGUCGUCAUUCCCUGUGGGAGAAAACUGGAGUACACGCGUAAAAACGCACAGCUUGUAACAAGUCUGCAAACAAGUUGUUACAAAUCUGUUCACAAGCUGUCAACAAGUUGUGUUCGCACUGCUUGUUCCCAGUUUGUUGGAACAAGUUUGGAACAAGCUGUGAACAACUUGUAACAAGGUUGAUGGCAUUAUCAGCCUUGUUACAAGACUGUGCUAACAAGUUUGUUACAGCCAUGAUAUAACAAGGAUGUUACAAGGUUGUCAACACAAGGUUGUAACAAUCUUGUUAUAUCAAGCAUGUAACAGACUUGUCAGAACAACCUUGCAACAAGUCUGAUAAUUUCAACAAGGUUGUUCCAAGUUGUCAACAAGUUGUUCCAAACCUGUUCACAACUUGUGACAAGCAGUGCGAAUACAUCUAAUUGUUGACAGCUUGUUGGCAGACUUGUUACAAGAUUUUUACGUGUGUACCCGGAGAAAACCCACGACGUAUGUGAUCGUGCUUAUGAGAGGGAUUCUCAUAAGCACGCUAAUUCAAGCAUAUAUUUUUUCAUGUUUUAUAUGGUCGUGCUUAUGAGAGGGAUUCUCAUAAGCACGCUAAUACAA